CUCCAGGGCAAAUUCAUGAGUGCGCAUAUCUCUGCGAGGUCCAGUCUGCAGGACGUAAACAUCCCGAGUAGCAUGCAGCGGAGACGAGUCGUCGCAUGAAGAAGACAUCCCCCAGAUGUCUGGUUCCAUCCGCCGGGACUCUCUAAUUUCUUACCGCGGUGGAGCUGAAGCAACGAACCCGCGCGGCGGCGCUGAAAGUGGGCUGUUCUUGCUAGCGAAGCCCCGCGGCAGCAGCAGCCAACAUGGCUGAGGAUGACAGCGAGUGGGUGGUGGAGAGUAUCGUCGGCUACCUGGGGAGUCCCGAGUGGGUCAUACCCGUCUCAGACUUUAUGGAGAACAAGUGUUCGGUUUUUGACGAUGAAGAUGAAAACAAGUUAUCAUAUACUGAAAUCCAUGAGCAAUACAAGCAGCUGGUCGAGAAGCUGUUGGAGAACUACAUGCAGGAGGUUGGCAUCAAUGAGCAGCAGUUUUUGGAGGCAUGCACCUCUCCCUUUGCCAAAUCCAAAACGCUGCAGUCCGUGUUCCUGCCAGUCCUGGCUACAGACGACUUCCAGAUGUUUCGCUCCCUGAUGGUCCAGAAAAAUAUGGAGCUGCAGCUUCAGGCCCUCCGAGUCAUCAAAGAGAGGAACGGAGCCCUCCCCGAGUGUCUGACCGACGGCGUGGACGUCAUGUCAGAACUGCAGGAGCAGGAGAUGAAAAUCCUCCAGGAGGUCCUCAAAAAGUCCAAAGAAGAGUACGAGGAGGAGAUGUCCAGGAAGCUGCUGAUGGAGGAGGAGGUGGGCUCCACGUCCAGCAGCUUCUCCGACAAACACUCGGCACACAGCGGUGACUCUCAGAGCUCUGCCUCCCGGCUCCACCAGCCCAGCGGCGCCGCUGCCAAGGUCCACUGCCAGGCAACAGGUGGCUCCAGCGUCUCAAACGGGCACGGCGGCCCACUAGUGAAUGGAAACUCUGCCACUCAGUCCAGUCUGGUCAACGGGGAGUCCGAGGCUAAAGUGGCCGCUGAAGGAAGCUCAGAGGAGAAGAGCCGCUCUCCUCCCACUCCUGCUGCAGGCUGUGGCAGUAACGGUGUGGAACCCCGAGUUCUUCCUGCCCUUCGAGGCUCCAGACUGAGUCCAGAGGAGACGGAGCAGAGCCAGUCGGCCGCAGAGUCCUGUCUGCAGGAGGCGCACAGGGAGGCUGGCUUCUCUCAGCCGUACACGGAGCUGUCAGCGUCAGAGCAGGAGCAGGUCCAGCAGAGGGCGGCGUAUCUACGGCAGCAGCGUGACAAACUGCACGCGCUGAAGAAAGAGCAGCAGAAGAACAAGAACCCGCCGGUGGAGGAGGAGCCGCCACACUGCACCACCACAGCACCAGCGCCCACCCCGGAGCCAGUGGGUCAAUCGCAGAGGAAUGGAGCGUCUGCUCCUCCUCCUCCUCCUCCUCCUGCGUCACCACAAACCUCAAACCCAGCUAAGCCGAAGGAGAUUUCUGCUGAGGAGAGAAAGAAGCUCCAGAAGAGGAAACAUCUGGCUGACAAGCUGAAAGAGGAAGUGAUAAAGAAGUGAAGAUCUUCUACCUUCAAACACGUGGCUUCCUUUAACAGAGAUUAUAUAUCCACACACACAUAUUCACAGGGCUUUUUCCAAAAACUCUUCCUCUGUGGUGUCAUCCUUUUUGUGUCAGUGUCCAUUGCAGCAGUAUUUGACUGUGUAUUACACCAUUUCUGCAGCGUAGCUAUCGAUCACCUGAAAGUAUCUGUACGGCCAGUCUAAGGUCACGUGACUAUCUACUUACCUCAGCUAGAGCUUUGCAGUCGAUGUUCGAAUGGUGGAGUAGUUUGUGCGAAGCUGACGUACAGAAGAGUAUCCAGAUUAGUUCAGAUGGAAUGCAGACUUACUCAAAUAUUCAUUAUGAAUCCCAAAUUCUUCCGGCUGAUUCGAGAUAGAGGAGCACCAGGAAGCUACUGUAAUGUUUUUGUAAAUAUGUCCUGAUGCAAGCACCUUCAGUGAAACGCCAGCGCUAUGCAGAGUCAUGGCCGCCGUCUAGAGCUCCUUCUGAAUGUCAUUCCAACGCUGUGGCUCAACACGUGGCCAGCGAGCAGGUGGUCUUCAGUCUCUGUGUGAUGCUCAUGAAUGUAUGCCGUUUAAUAAACCACCUUUUGUAUGGAAACUGUGCGACUCCUGCUCAAUCAUCGAGCCAUUACUCAAAGCAGCUCUUAAAAGUGAAGCCAUAAACAGAAAGAAAAACAAUGCCAGGGUCACAUUUAAUUCCAAAAUUUAUCAAAUAAAGUCAUACAAAUGUUAAGAAUGAAUAGUGGUAAUUAAUGCACUUGGUACAAAUCCAUCAGGUGUGAGCAGAAGGUCAGAAUGUUGCCUGAUGCCGACAAAAAUUAAAAAAAAAAAAAAAAAGUUCCUAAAAAUCUCUGCUUGUGCCUCCACUGUUGCUGCUACAUGUGUUUGAAGAGUGUGAGGUUUGAUUCCUGCCCUCUGCCGCUCCUGGGCUGGAGAACAUCACUGCCAAUGCUUCAGCUUCUCCACAAGUAUGACAUGAGCAGACCAGGUUAAAACAAAAAGAAAAAUGUUAAUUUAGUUUUUUUUUAAACAUUAAGACAAAAAAAACUAAUGAACAUCUGGAUCGAUCUCAUGGAGAACUUUCUGGACCAUCAGCUCGUGAUAAACAACUCUGUGUUGCAGCUAUG